GGAAGAUAGAUGAAUAGUGUAAAAAAAAAACUACCUGUACCAUUUUGCAAUUUACCGAAAUUAUCAUUAAUUCAGAAAUUUUGAGUAAGCUUAGAAACCGAGAAAGAGAAUGAAGCUGAUUAGCUAAUCGAGUCCCCGUUUCCGGAUUCCCACAAAUAAUCAAUCAUAUAUGCCAUAUAUGUUUCAUGUUUGAUCCUUACAGCACCAUCACUGCAUGUGCAUGCAUGGCCUCCAUCGGCAUUCCAUUUAUAUAUUCUAUUAUUUUGUAGAGUGUGUGUCUUCCUUCUCCUCCUUUAAUUCAAUUCAUUCAUUGACUCCCAAACCCCGUUUAUCCUCUCUCCAUUGUUAUCUCUUCUCUAUCAAACAAACCAUACAGUAUCCCAUGCUCCUCGUCCUCGAUCGCCCAGCAAGCAACAGAACAGAACACACGCGCCCGCACAAGUUUGCAGCAGAAGUGUCAAAACUGAAAACGAUAUUACCUGAUUGUGAUGGAGUUGCAGGUUCACAUUGCAGAGCAACAGAUCACAGAUGGAUGGAUCUUAUUCUUAUAUAUAGAUUAUGCGCAAAUAUUAUUUAGUAGAACAAAUUGAGUACUAUUUAAACGCCCCUUCUCUCUCUCUCUCUGCCUGAUGAAUAGCUGAAGUGAGUAGUGAGAGCUCAAGCCACCACUUUGUUGGACAGUUGCAAUUUGCAAGUACUAUUUCAAAAGGAAGAAAAUACUACUUCUUGCGUUCUUCAACUCCAGAAUCUCUGUUUCACUGCUCUUCAUUGCUGUUCACUCGUUUUAGAAGCUCUGCGAAUACAAAAGGAGGAGUGAAGAGUCCCAGCAGCGAACUUUUAUGUUGCAGUUCUGAACACGAAAGCCGUUUUCUUUUACUCCAAUCGGCUCUCUAAUUCUUCCUCCAUGGUUGAAAUAUAAAUUGGAAAAUAGCUCGUUCAUUUACCCUACAAUGUGAAGAACCACUGUUGUUGAAAUCCACAGACAAAAGAUGAGUUCCUUGCUUAAAGAGGAGCUUAAAUCUCUCUGUUGCAGCAAUAGAUGGUCUUAUGGGGUCUUCUGGCGCAUCAAUCACCCAAAUUCCAUGUUGUUGACUGCAGAAGAUGUCUACUUCAAAGAAUAUAUUGGGGUGGUAGUUGACAGGAUGCUUCAACAAGUCCACAUGCUGGGGCAAGGAAUCAUUGGAGAAGCUGCUUUUACUGGGAAGAACAGAUGGUUGUUCUCAGACACCUACUAUAGAGAAUAUUGUCCCCAAGAAUCUGUUGACAACCAAAAUGCAUUCCAGGACAGUACAGACUUUCAUCAUCAAUUUUCUUCUGGAGUGAAGACAAUUGUGGUAAUUGCAGUAACACCACAGGGUGUUUUGCAGUUUGGAUCCACAGAAAAGGUUCAGGAGAGUUCAGAAUUUGUGGAUCAUGCACAAAACUUGUUUGGCCAGAUUGAAAAUCGUAAUGGAAUUGUCCUGUCAGGAGAUGUAUUGACAUCUUUGAACAGUGAAAUUUGUCAUCAAAGUGGAUCAUUUGCAUCAAUGGCAGGUCUUGAAGCUCAGGCUUUAUUGCAGUCUACUUGCAAUUCUACUAGCAAUUUUAUUGCCAAAAACACCACUAUGAGCACUUGGAAUGGAGAGAGUUUGACUACGACUUUGAUUGAGCAACGACUUCUCACUGGAAUGGGGAUACAUGGUUCUUCAAAUAUGCCUUCUGUAUACCUAAAGAAUCCUGUACCUUGCAGAAAUGCAUUUCAAAAUUUUCAAGGGGAUUCCGACACAGGAUUGCUUCAGGUCAACAGACCUAUUGUACAUGGCUCAGGGAAGCUGGUAGACUUACCCCAUGCAAGUGAAGUUGAACUUUCAAAAACAUCAACUAGUUUUCCCUCUUUCCCAUGGGAUUCUUUUCCUUCCAAUGCUACAAAAGCUCUCUCUAAACCCAAUCCAGGAAAUAGUACUCCCCAGUGGGAUUCCCCACCAUUUGAGCAGGUCAAUGGUGAAUUGGAUGCAAAAUUGAAUGAAAAUCUGUCACAAUCUCCCAGGCUUGUUUCAGUAUCAUCUGGUUUCACUCAAAGUGAUGUUUUCAACAGCAUCUCAGAAAACCACGUGGAUACAUCUGUAAACAAUUCUAUCAAUGAUACUAUAAAUUCUCCUGCUGCAGUUAGUGAAUGGAAAGAAAGUUCUCCUAAUGUUCCAAUGCAAGUGCCCAUUGUCAGCAAAAUUUUUGAUAGUUCAGGAUUGGAUUUUGGGUACUUCCAGGGGCAAGAAUGUUGGGAUGAUAUUUUAGUGCCACUAGGAAGGAGUAAUAACUCAAGCUUGAGCACAUUUUUCUCUGGAUGCAUUCCAGAGUUGGAUGUUGGCUCCAUUAAUGAUUGUAAGAAAGGCUUGUUGUCAGAGUUUGGACUCAAACAGAUGUUGAGUGAUGCUUGUGAUUCUAACUCUGUUGUCAGGACUGCUUUGGAAGAUCAGUUGUCCACAUCUACAGUAACAAGAACAGGGAGUACCUCACAAUAUGGUAAUCAAGUUCAGUUGGCAGGUCUUUCUUACUUGGGUAGGUGUUUGGAUGCGAUGGUGCCUGGAUCUACCCUGGAGAAGAUAGCAAUGCAUAGAACUCAGCAAGAGGUUAUCUCAAAAUCUCAGGCAGUUUCCUGGGUUGAUGACAGUUACAACAUUCACACUGAGAGUGUUGUCAGCCAGCAUAAGAGACCUGGAGAACCAGCAAAAGUCAUCAGGAAAAGAGCUCAGCCUGGGGAAAGUACUCGACCAAGGCCAAAAGACCGUCAGCAGAUCCAGGAUCGAGUGAAAGAACUCAGAGAAAUUGUCCCAAAUGGUGAAAAGUGUAGCAUUGAUGCUUUGUUGGAUCGUACCAUCAAACACAUGCUUUUCUUGCAAAGUGUGACUAAGUAUGCAAAUAAGCUUAAACAAGUCAAUGAUCCCAAGAUGAUUGGGGAGGAAAAUGGUGUAGUUCUGAGAGACAACUCAUGUGGCAGUGAUGGUGGUGCUACUUGGGCAUUUGAAGUUGGGGGUCAAACUAUGGUCUGCCCAAUUACAGUUGAGGAUCUCAAUCCCCCUGACCAGAUGCUUGUAGAGAUGCUCUGUGAAGAACAAGGUUUCUUUCUUGAGAUAGCAGAUAUAAUUCAGGGAUUUGGCUUGACUAUCUUGAAGGGAUUAAUGGAAGUUCAGGAGGACAAAAUAUGGGCACGAUUUGUUGUUGAGGCAAACAGGGAUUUAACCAGAAUGGAUAUAUUUCUCUUUCUUGUUGAGUUUUUACAACAAAUGACUAGUGGGAUUGGUCCAAAUAACGAGUCUAAUAAGGCCGUUGAUACUGGAGCUCCACUAUUUAUCAAUUGCCAGCAAGCUCCCAUGCCUCUUCGAAUCGGAUUGGCUGACAGAAUGCAGUAAUUAUAAGAACACAUCAUGGUUCAGAAAUGCUUUGAGCAGUCGUGCAUUUAGUGCCCUCCACAACUGGUACUCUGUUAUUUGAUCUUGAAGAUCCACCAUCAUGCAGAAAGUGGUGAGAUGUACAUAGGAAUUCUAUUUCUUAUCGUGUUCAAAGCAGGUGGUGGAGAUGAGGGUUGAAUGGGGAUGUGCAUGUUGCAUUGGGGGGUGAUUUCUAUUCAAGGAAGGGAUGAUGCACUGUUUUUUUGAACAUUUUCCCCCUCGGGCAGGAGAUGGAAUGUCAAAUGGUUCUUUCUCCCUCUCUCUCUCUACUUGCUAGUCAGGCCGUUGGGCUGUUGGCCACUCUAUUUAGUUCCUUGUUCCUAAUUCCUAUUCAUGGUAAUUACUACUUACGAUGAUUUUAUAUCAAGGUUGGACUCUAAAUCAAGAUAUGGUUUUAUAGCCAUGGUGACUAAAACCAGACAAGCUGAACCAUUACAUAGCGGCUUUGACUGCUAUCUUCUUGUCUAGAGCAUUUGGUCAUGCACUCAUGCCCCUACCUAAGAACUUGAGCUUGUACCAUCUCACUAGAUCUUAUUUUAAUCAUUUGAUUUGUAGUUUUUGUUGGGAUUUAAUCUCGAUUUUGGGCGUUUACUUGAUUGAUUACA